AUGGAGCGGGGGAUGGAGCAGGCAGAGAAGAACUUCAACGUAGGAUCCUGCCACACAAACGCUCAACACAUAAACACCUUACUCCGCCGAGCCUUCGACAAUUUGACCGCAAUGGAUAAGUGCAGUGCUGAGAAACGUUUCGAGACUCUUCAGCAAAAACUAGACGAACAGAGUGAAGUGAAGAACGAUAUCGCGUCUGAAGAAAGCGCUAGAGCCGAAGCAGAAUACGGCGGAAGACACUUCUCACCGGAACUCGCGUCCGAAGGCCCAGACGAGGAGGAAGAACUGGAUUUCCGGUCAGCGGCUGGUGAUGAGGAAGAGGCCAUGAACAUAGAAGAUCAACUGAAAGUGGUGUGUGACGAAAAAGGGGAACGCGUAGUCGAAAGAGUUCAAGCUGAUCGUGUAGUGGAGUGCGUAUCAGGAGACCGUCACGAAGAACAUCGUUGGGCUCCACGACGGGAUGAGAGAGAGCUGAAGAGGCUGAUACAGGAAGUACAAAAGAAGAUCGAACACGUGGAACGAGCUCUGAAAACAUUCCCAUACAGAAAGAAGGAGACGUCCCAGAAAGAAGACGACCAAGUGCUGGUUCUGUAA